CUCUUGUCAUGUCCAACCCGGUGAUUUUUAUAGGGUUGCAGAUUGUCUUAUGCAAUUUCGUGUGGUGUUUGAGAAACCAAGAAACCAAAAUUCCUUCAUAACUGCGGCAAUUAAGGAUAAUUGUAUCGUCUAGUGGUGUGAGAGUGCGUAGCAAUCCACUGAAGACCAAAUAAAUCCACCAGAAUGAGUGAAGAUUUGAGGGAUCCGCCAAAACCAGAGGAAGAAAGCUCUAAGUGGGGUUAUGAUCUCUAUCCGGAAAGGAGAGGCGAAAAAUACAAGACGAGCUGGGGAAAGGUGCUGUUUGGCGUGGAGGGACGUGAAAACAUGGACAAACUCAAGUGCGAGCGGAACGUCUUCAAGUGCGUGAAGAACAGCCCGCUGGUGAAACUGAUGAUGGGCGCUCUGAGGAGCUCCGGCUGCCCAAUAGACAUCCGGAGGCACUUUUCGUGCGAAGUGUGUGCCCACUCCGUGACCGGCGGCUACGAUCCCAUCCUCAAUCAGAUCGUCAUAUGCCAGAACAGCGCCCGCAGCGAAGGAAUGGUCCAGGGCGUGCUCACGCACGAGCUCAUCCACAUGUUCGACUACUGUCGCAACGAGCUGGACUUCCAGAACAUCGAUCAUCUGGCGUGCACGGAGAUCCGGGCGGCCAAUCUGGCGCACUGCUCCUUCCUCAGCGCCUGGUCGCAGGGCGAUGCGUCGCCGUUCAACGUGAAGGAGGCGCACCAGAACUGCGUGAAGACCAAGGCGCUGGCCUCGGUGAUGGCCGUGCGCAGGGUGACGAAAGAUGAGGCCAUCAACGCGAUAGAGAGAGUCUUUCCCAAGUGCUAUGCGGAUCUGGAGCCGAUCGGGCGGCGAAUCCGGAGAAACUCCAAAGAUAUGCACAACGCCUUCCUCGAGGGUCCAAUGAAUGGCUAUGAUGUGUAUUAAAUCGGGUUUCACCAGUAUUUUCCCAUUAUUUUCAAUAGAGAGAAAAUAUUAGGAUCAUUUAGCCGAGACACAUUUUUCAAUAUAGUGAAAUUAGAAGAGCCUUCUGUCGGUGCGGCCAUGUUGGAAGUGACAGCUGAAUAAGAAGCGUCCCUAGAGAAAACUAAAUAUUUCUGUAAGUAUCAAGAGAGAAAAGUAUGAUUUUACCAUUAGAACAAAGUCUUU